GUAGUAUUCACGGCUUUGUGCUAGCAAAGCCUAAAAAUCUUCCGAUGACCUCCAAGUCAAAGGAGGAAUAUAAAGUAUUAUUGAAGUUGUUUUGGUCGAGUUAUCGGUUCAAGCCAUAUAACUUUGAGCUUAUUGAUUAUUACUUGAAGAAGAGAGUUUAUGAUCAAUCAUUGCCACCAAACAGAAUCAGGGAAGUUCAACUCUACAAGUAGGAUCCCGAAAUUCUUACAGAGAUCAAUAAUAACAAGUCGUCAAAUGGAGCGGUAACUGAAUGGUAUUUCUUAACUCCAUAAGACCGCAAAUAUCGAAAUGGCAAAAGACCUAAGCGAGGAGCUGGUGAUGGAUUCUGGAAGGCAACCGGAGCCGAUAAACUUGUCAAGUGUAAUGGAACUGUAGUUGGAUUCAAGAAGACUUUAGUCUACUACAGGGGGAAACCACCUAAUAAGGGUGACAAGACCAACUGGGUCAUGCUGGCGAUGACGAUAUGCGAAGUGUACAAGAAGCAGGAUGCAAAGUCAAAACCUGAAACCCCACAGCAGGGGUACUAAUCAAAAACAGGAGGAAGAUGCAGAUAUAAUUCCAGCUCACACUGAAAUCCAGAAGCAAGAAUGUGGGAUUCCACCUCUUCAAUCUCAACAGUUUCAUGCCAAAGACUUCAAUAUGCUGCCACAACAAACUUUCCCCAUGCCUUUCCACAAUGCAUAUGAAGUUUCUACAUCCAGAGAACUCCCACAGUUUCCUGAAUCUUAUUAUGAUCCUAAGCUGGAACGUGAUUUUACAUUAUUUCUUGAACAGGCUGUACCUGGUUAUGGUAAUUCUAUACCAACAAUUGCACCAAUGUCAUCAAUACCCCCUGAUCAAUUCCAUUGGAUAGGCCAUGAUAAUUUGGACAUACGUCAGCACCCGCAGAAGCAAUUUUCAGGUGUUCCAAAUAAUUUUGAGUUCUCAGCUGCUGAUAAAUUCCUUUUAAAUAUGGACUUUGGUUUGUCAAAGUUUUAAAGAGUUAUGGUAGUACUAUUUUUAGGGUUUUUUUUUUUUUUUAAUUUUCUUGAUGGAUAUGAUUUGAAUUUUGGGCAAUGGUAGCUUAUGCCCCUUGGACUUUUUUUA